UGUUGCUGCCGUAUCCGCGUUCCUGUUAGUUUACUGAAUCAAGAGACGUUACCGAGUUAAAACCAUAUAUUAUGCAGCCUGCUCGCACGGCAUGCUAGAAUAUUCUUGGAGCGCGGUGUUGUGGGUGUCAUGGCAACAAACGCAAACACAAGUUAUUACAUUCCUGCACAGGACAAAUUCAGCAGGUGGGAGAUGGUUCAGCUGCACGUCAAACGAGGAGAUGAGAGUCAGAUUCUCUUCAGUACUACAGUGGAUGUCUCGAUCGAGACACUGACCCCAGCAGAUCUCUGCGCUAUCUAUAAUGGGAGAUUAAAAGUGGACAGGAUCUGCUCUGAAAUUCCAGAGCUGGCAGAUCAUGGCGUCUCUCUUCCACUGAAUAUGCAGGGUCUGACCGAUGAUCAGAUCAUGGAGCUCAAACUAAAGGAUGAAUGGGAAGACCGCUGUAUUCCCAGCGGUAGUGCUGAGUUUAAGAAGGAUGAGCUUGGACGUCGAAAUGGACCCGCUCCAAACGAGAAGAUGAAAGAAGUUUUAAGGAAAACUGUGGAGGAAGCCAAAGCUUUAAUCUCAAAUAAACAAGUGCAAGCAAAUGUCUGCGUUACCAUGGAUAUGGUCAAAGAGGCUUUGGAUCAGUUGCGAGGAGCUGUGAUGAUAGUUUACCCGAUGGGGCUGCCUCCACAUGAUCCAAUAAGGAUGGAGUUUGAAAAUCAAGAGGAUCUUACUGGAACACAGGCCUCAUUACAGGUGAUCCCAGAAGAAGAGGCUCAGCUGUGGUGGGCGUCUAAAGAACUGCAGAGGGGCAAAAAGCUGCAGGAUUAUGUUGGGAAAAAUGAGAAAACAAAAAUAAUUGUGAAAAUUCAGAAAAGAGGCCAGGGUGCACCAGCGCGAGAACCAGUGGUGAGUGAAGAAGAAACAAAAAAAAUGAUGCUGCACUAUUACAAGAGGCAGGAAGAACUAAAAAAAACUAGAAGAGGGAGAUGAUGACUCGUAUCUUCAGUCCGAUUGGUCAGACAGACAGGCUCUAAAAAGACAGUUCCAGGGACUCACAAAUAUCAAAUGGGGCCCAAGAUAGAUGAACAGACAAAAUCACAGCUGAUCUAGUUACUU